AUGGCCUCGGAUCUCGAAACGAAAUCGUCUCAGGCAGACGUGAAAGACGCGACAGUCAUCAACGACACAGAAACAGCCAUGACCCAUGAUGUACAAACCGAAGGAGAGACAGCAUACGCAACUCCUCCCAAAGGAUACCGCAUCUUUGGAAAUAUCGUCAUUCCUGCCUACCGCUCGCCAAUCGUGCAAUGCGUGAUCAUUGCAUGCGUCCAUCUCCUAGUCGUGGGCAUGUUCAAUGUGCUUUCAGGUCUAGGUGGUGGUGGCCAGGUCAACCCUACAACGAGCAACAAUGCCAAUACCAUCUUAUACAGCUUGUUCUGUUUCUUUGCUCUCACUGCUGGGUCCGUGGUUAAUUUCCUCGGGCCCAAGAUCACGCUCGCUAUGGGUGGCGUGGGCUAUUCCCUGUUAUCAGCUUCAUAUUGGAGUUAUAACCAUAAUAGCAAUGAUGGGUUUGUGUACUUUGGUGGUGCUAUGUGUGGUAUUGCGGCUGCAUUCCUCUGGACCGCCGAAGGUGCGCUUAUUAUGUCACUUCCAAUGGAGAAGGAUAAAGGCAAAUACAUCAGUAUCUUCUACGGUAUUUCGUUCUUUGGCACAGUCAUCGGUGCCAUUAUCCCUACUGUUGAGAACUGGGGCGUCACAACUGCUGGAAGUGCUAAUGAUGCAACUUACAUUGCGCUCUUUAUACUGAUGCUUUGCGGCAGUGUUGUGGCUUGUUGCAUAUCUAAUCCUUCACGUGUCAUUCGUAAUGAUGGAAGCCGGGUGUUCAUCCCACGCAAUACGACUUUCAUGCAGGAGCUGAAGAAUAUUGUCGUGGUUGUCAAAAAAGAGCCAUGGAUUAUCCUCUUUUUCCCAUACAGUUUUGCUGGCUUGUGGUACAUCCCUUACCAAAGCAAUGAUUUCAACGCUUAUUUCUUUGACCUGCGAACGCGCGCUUUUGGCUCUCUGUGGUUUGAUUUUGGUCAAUUUGUCAUGGCUGUGUUGAUGGGCAUGCUGCUUGACUGGAAAGCUGUCGGGAACAGGCGUCGCCGUGCUUUUAUUGGCUGGACAGUGUUAUUUGUCCUGCUCAAUGCCGUCUUCAUUGGCGGUGUGUUCCCAGCUCGGCGUUCGCAUCGUGGAGUAACACCCCCAGGCGGUCUUCUCGACGUUGACCAGAAAUCGCGAGCUGCUGGGUAUAUCACUCUUUUUGUGUUCUAUGGCUGCGUCGAUGGUGCUUGGCAGGCUUUUGCCUGGUGGAUUGCUGGCUGUCUCUCCAAUGAUCCGCUCGUUCUGUCUAUAUACGCCGCUUUCUAUAAGGUGUUUGGCGCCAUGGGAGCUGCUAUCGUGUUCAACCUGGACGUUCGCGAGAUUAGCUACCAGGCCAUGUUCGGCAGCUACUGGGGUUUGCUGGCGGGAUCUAUGCUAUUUAUUCUUGUGUUGAUUUACAAGAGAGUGGAAGAUUCAACUGCGUUGAUCACAGAGGCUGCAGUACCUGUGGAGAAGAUCGUGCCCGUUGAUGAGUGA